AUGGCUACAUCAUCCGCCAUUAACCGCGACUUUCAACGGUUCAAGGCUGUCUGCGUUCCUAUCCUUGGAUCAGCCAAGUUGACACCCAAGUCAAUCCCAACCGUCUCAUCGCUGCUCUCAACGCUCCUUCAGUUGCUUCGCGAAACAGACAAGGCCAAUCUCAAUGAAUCGUUCAUUGCCUACAUUUUCUUCCCCUUGAAGGGCAUAUUCGAGAGGAACGCAUCGGAAGAAAUCCCAGAUCAAGUCCUCGAAAAGCUGCUCCUCUGUCUCAGCAUCCUUUGCGACGUGUGGUGGUGGACGUGUGCCCCAGAGAUAUGGAAACAAUUGUUUAUCCUAUGUGGAUCGGUCAUUGGGGGAAUGGAGGCCAAGGGGAAGGCAAAGGCAAGGGAUGAUGAGACCAAAGAAGCGGCGGUCCAGUGCCUCAAUUCACUCAUUCGCCAAAGGAGUCCACAGGACGCGAUGGCCCUCGGAAAGCCGGUCGACGUUGCACAGGACCGCUUUAAUGAGCUUCAAGAUUUUGCGUCGUCACCCCAGUUCAUCCCAAUCCUCGGUCAGACACUCGAUUACAUCCUAGGCGUCACACUCUCCCCUCGACUAUCAUUGCAGCGCUCGUCCAUCGACCUGCUUUACUCCGUCAUCGAAAACUACGCGCCUGAAAGGAUGAUCCCCACUGUACUUCCCGGAGUUGCUAGUGGAAUGACAAAGGCGUGUUUGGGUGCGUCCGGGAAUAAGGGUUGGAUAAAUGGUGAAAUUGUUGCCGCUGCCCUCAAGGUGCUUCAGGUGGCGAUCGUCAAGGCCAUUAGCGACGAUGUAUGUAUGAGAGAAGGGGCGCUACCGCGAUUCCAAGACCUCGAAGACCUUGUCAACUUCGGAAAGGACAACGCAAGGCCUGUCGACGAUACUAAAUCUACACCCCUGGUUGCUCGAACGCAGGCCUGGCUUCGGGCAACAGCCUCACAAUUACACAUCGCCAUCAACUCACUCAGCCCUCUCGUCAAGCAUCCUACACCAUCCGCCAUCUAUGGCCUCAUCGACUUUUCAACGGAAGUUCUGUCAUCUACGACUCUAACCCUACCCCAAACGCAGCCCCUACUGUUAUCAUUCCUUCUCUCAGCAGCCAACUCCGAGUAUCCCAAAAUAACCACCAAGGCGGUUGACUCGCUGAAGGGCCUCCUGGCUAUGGCCAAUGCCGGUCCCGCCUUGAUGCAGCAGCUCGCGCAAAUGACUACCGACAACAUGUCCGCCCUUCCCCGCCUCCUUUCGAGCCAAUCGGAUGCCCGUAUCCAACAUGUCGCUGAGAUGAUCACAUCCGUCUGCAAACUCGGCGCUUCAGACUCGGAGAAUAACAUCGUCUCAUCCAUUUCCAAGGUCGUUGGAAAGCUUCUGGGACCGACAGGAGGAGUUGAGAAGUGGGGUUGGAGUUUGCUGGCCGUCCUCGAACUCGUGAACCCAUCGGUCACCGUAACCCACAACUCGUCCGCCCAGCUCAUGUUGGAGAACAACCCUGAAACUUCUUGGGUGCCAUUCCCCGAGCUGUUUUUCAGGAAUGUCGCUUCACACGAGACGAGGCGUUCGUUGGAGACCAUGUUACGCGCACUGGGUCAGGUAGGAGGCGACGCAUGCCUGUUUUCGGUCGAGUGGUUUAUCGACGUCGGUCGCUCGGGCACCACUUCUCGGUCGGUGGCAGCGAUGUGGUGUGGUUGUCGAAUUCUGGAAGGGAUAUCCGGACUUGACUUGUCCUCGGAGAACUCCCUUGACAAGCUUGUCCUUCAAAGGAGCAAACGACUGGAGAAGCAAGUCCGAGCGCUCGCACGAAGUAUCGCAGAACUGUGGGACAAGUCCGAUUUCGAGGAACUGGAUCAAGAAGCGAGCCCCCAGCCCAGACCGCCUAAUGAACACUUGGAACUCGACGUUCAGCACCAAAAGGGUCUUGUUCCACUCGACGAAACGCUCAAAAUAUUCCGCAAUAAGCCCACUCCAGACACGAGGAUAGUAAACCAACCCAUGCUCCACCGAAGUCUUUGCCUACAACUAAUUGCUAUUGCGGCCGGAGUGCUUCAAAGCCGUUUCGACUCGGUUUUUAUCUUCAUCCUCUACCCUAUCCUGCAUUCUAUCGUUUCCCCGGCCUCGUUCCUGUCGUCCUCUGGAUUUGCAGCAUUAAACUAUGUCACCAUCGCCACAUCUUACGCCUCUCCCGCUAACCUACUCCUUUCCAAUUUUGACUAUGCCCUCGACUCGGUCUCGAGACGACUCACAAGACGGUGGUUGGAUAUUGACGCAACCAAAGUGUUAGUUGUCCUCAUUCGCCUCGUCGGCAGGGAUGUAGUAGACAAGGCAGGCGACGUGGUGGAGGAAUGUUUUGAUCGUCUUGACGCCUAUCACGGCUACGGUAUUAUUGUCGAUGGGCUCAUCGAAGUUUUGGCAGAAGUCCUGAACGUUAUCGAAGCAGAUGUAAAGGCGAAUCCAGCUGCGCAGCCUGCACGCGAAGAAGAUACACCGUCAAACCAACACCAGCAGCUGACCUGUCUUGAUGAAUUGCUCGCCUGGCUACCAGUCCGAAGCAUGGUCAACCUGGAUGCAGACAAUACCGACUACGGUCCGGCUCCUCGCAAGGCUUGGGGCAAGCAAAAGGCCGAGGGUGAAGAAGAUUCUGACGACGAACCAGUGGAUAGCAAGCAGCCGGAAUCCGAGGCGCAACCUGAAACAUCAAGCCAGCAGCUCACGAAACAGAUUAUCUCGCGAUCACUCUAUUUCCUCACCCAUGAAUCCCCCGUCAUCCGCGCUCGCAUCCUAACCCUCCUCAAGCUUUCUGUCCCUGUUCUCCCAGAAUCCUCUCUACUUCCUUCCAUCCACAACGCGUGGCCAUUUAUUGUCAACAGGUUGGCUGACCAUGAAACCUUUGUGGUCAGCGCCACAGCAAGCCUGGUUGAGGCUCUCGCUGUGCAUGUCGGAAGCUUCAUGUAUCGAAGGAUUUGGGACGAGAUUUGGCCGCGAUUCCAAACACUCCUCAAGCAGCUCAAAGCUGCCGACUCUGUCAACGCUCUCGCUAGGCGGACGAACUCCGCUGUCGGCACCGAAUCUGCAUAUACUCAUUCCCAUCGACUCUACAAGUCCAUCAUCAACACUAUGACCGCGGUUAUGCAUGGUGUGCACGUUCGAGAUUCCUCGUUUUGGGAUGCACUGGUCCUUUUCAGGCGGUUUCUUGGCCGCCACGUCCACGAAGAAUUACAGCUGUGUGCAACCAACUUCUAUCUUGCGGCUGGAAAGAAGAACGAAGAUGCUGUGUGGCUAGUCCUUGAAGCAUCCGUUCGGGAUAUUCCUCCUGUCAUGACGUUCAUGCGCGACGAUCAGUGGCACAUUGAAAGCAACGCCAAAUGCAUCUUGGCCCAGUUGGGGUCUAGAUAG